AAACAGCCUGUGAUCUUGAUGUGGAAAUGAUCAAACUUGUUAUGAAUGGAUUAGUAGGAACAGCAGGAGAAGCUUUGCAGGAGGAUAACCCUGUGCCAAUCUAGGUAAUAUAAGCAACUGCAAGCCUAGGAAUUUGGAGCAUAACAGGUUCAUGAGAAUAUGGGAAUCUGAAAAAAGUCUGAGGAAACGUAACAUCCUGCAGGACCACCCACCCCACAGUCAUCAGUACUGGUGCAUUACUCCUAGCAUCUUUCGCCUUUGACGGUUUUAUAGCACUUGGCAAAAAGACCACCCACCUGCCCCACAUUCAUAUGCAAGAUCCCUAUGCAAAAUUUAUCUAUACUCUACUAUAUCACAGGCACUAAGUUAGCUGUCAUCUUUGUCGCUAUGCACAACACAGUGCUUUAGUACUUUUUGUUAUGCAUAACGUGUUAAUUACCUGCUGUGUGUACAUUGUGCAUUUUAUUGUAUAUAACUAUCUCAGGUAAGGACUUUAUCUUAUUUUUCCUAGGAGUAUUUAUUAUAUGAGAACAUUGAACCUUACCUUUAGUCCUACUGUGAAUUUUGUCGUUGCUGCUUGUUUCGCUCAAGCUGCCGCUUGCUUUACAUCCCCUUUAAUCCCAUUAGGCCUGUCUCAUUUGCUUCUCUUUUUUGCACACACAAAAGAGAAAAGAGAAGAAGAAAACAAUUACAUAAAUACAUGGAUCAGAGGUAGAGGAAGCGAAAUUUUGCAAGAGAGCUGUAUGUGAAGUUUGAAUGGGGGAGAAAUAUGGAUGUGGAUAACAUGUGUUAAACAUAUGUUAGCUACACGUGUCCACUCAACAUCUGGCCCAGGAACAUAUGUUAGGAAUCCAUCAGGGGCUGUAACAUCACAUCUACAUCAGGCUAAAAUUUUCAUCCCAUAGCUCCUGCCCUACGCAAAAAAACUACUAGCUGCUGGAGCGAGAAAAUGUCAAGACGAAACAUGAGGAGAAGAUGAAAUGAAGGGUGAACAUUGGACAAUCACCAAACAGUUUAUAAUGAAGCCAAGGCAUGAAUGUCCAGCACAACAGAGGAACCAAGACCAGAUUCUGCAACAUGGAAGACAUUCAUGCUUUUAUUGAUACCGGCGAAGAAAAACACCAGAACCUAAUAAAAGAGGCAGACAUUGUGUAAACACAUAUGCACAUUCCUAUUCAUUGAGGUUUUCGGUGGUCCUUGUGUGUUCCUCCAUUGUAGUAGAGGUGUUUGGGUGGUGAGGACCAAGAUGCGAUGCUUGGAGAUACUUUCUUUGACCUUUUUUUUAUUGACUUGUUGGGGAAGGCCGCAUAGAGAAGACCCCAUUCUUAAAUACAAGCGAGAACUGGUUUUAAGAGCUGAGCAAUUGAGGUUACUGUCUAUGAAAGAUUCUUGUAGACUUGGUCAAGAAAGAAGAACCUUAGUUAAUCUCCAGCUCCAUCCUCAUGAAGUGUACCCUAAACGAGAGUACCAGUUCAGGACAGUAGAGAAGAGUGUUGAAUGCCUAUCAGAAGAUGGACCAGAGGACUGUAGCAUAAAAAAGCAAAACAGAGGUGAAAGCAGAGGUACAAUCACAGACACAUCAGCUACAUUAGAGGCCACCAAUGACUGGAACAUGAUCCGCAAUAACAAAUACAGACACCUUUCAAAAAGGUCCAGCCGACUGUCCCCCAGGAGAAGCACUAAAAAUACGCAGGAACAUUUUGCUCCACUAAAAUAAACAGAAGAUAUCCUAGAGAUACAGAGUUAAGUAAUAUGCAAAGGAUAUUACCAAAUUACUCUGCACCCUUUUCACUUCAAAAGAACAAUCCUGUUGAAGGCUCCAUUUACUUUUCUGGUGCACACAGCCGGUUGGUGUUAAAUCCAGAAGCCGAGCAGCAAAUACCUCGUGAAACUUUCACUGUAGAACUAUGGGUGAAGCCAGAAGGAGGUCAAAAUGGUCCAGCAGUCAUAGCAAGCAUGUUUGACAAUUGCUCACAUGUGGCCAGUGACCGUGGCUGGUCUAUUGGGAUUCGCCCAGCUGUAGCAGAUCUGAAGAGAGAUGCACGUUUCUACUUUUCACUUCGAACUGACCGCUCUCAGAGUGCCACAGUAUUGAUGUCUCCACAUCGCUACAAGCCUUGUACUUGGACUCAUCUUGCUGCAAUUUAUGAUGGACAACAGAUUUUACUCUACAUUGAUGGAGCUCAGGUUUCCAGGGCCAAAGGUCUAUUGGGUCCCCUCCAUAGUCCCUUUAUUUCCUUAUGUAGAUCCCUUAUGCUUGGUGGAGACAACUCAGAAACUGGUAACUACUAUCGGGGUCAUCUUUUCUCCUUACGCCUGUGGUCCGAGGUUAGAACUCAACAUCAGUUAAGAUCAGAAGCUUUGAGAAGAACCUCUCAAACUUUUCCCCUAAUUCAAAGUCACUCAAUAUUGUCCAGUCAUAUAUGGAGUGUGUAUAAGGAUGGAGUUCAUCCUGAAGUUAUACCAGGGCUUAUGCCAGAAAAAGAAACUAUUUCCACAAUUUCACUCCCUCCUUGUGGUAGAACAAUUUGUGAUUUGCCUGAAGUGAUUACCGGGUAUAGCAGGUCAGGAGUAAAAUGGGAAAAAGUGGUCCAUUACCGGGUGGUAAAUGUGUGUGAAGAUGAUGGAUCAAGACCAUUGGUAAGCACUGAUCAGAUUCAGAGACAACAUGAGGCCUUGUCCAAUGCUUACAGUCCACAUGGCAUCCAUUGGCAACUUAAUGUAGUAGAGAUUCGUAAUUCCAGCUUGCGGAAUCGAGUAGUAUUGCCUGGAUGUGAACCACGCAGAGUGGGCAAUGAUCAUUGUGACUCUGAAUGUAAACACCCACUUACUGGCUAUGAUGGUGGAGACUGUGGUUUCUUCAGGCCUUGUAGUUCCAGUAAGAAGGGUGAUGGGGUGUGCCACCUUGAAUGCAACACAGCAAGGGAUGACUAUGAUGAUGGAGACUGUUGUCCAAGCAAAGAAUCUGGAAAUAGUACAAAGACAUGCUUUGAUCCUGAUUCAAGGGGAAGGGCAUAUAUGAGUGUAAAGGAACUGAGAGAUGCCUUGCAGUUGAACAGCACUUUGUUCCUGAAUAUUUUCUUUGCUGGUUCUGCAGGGGAGGAGUUAGCUGGAGUUGCAACUUGGCCAUGGGACAAAGAUGCCCUUGGUGUUCAAGGGGGGAUAGUCUUGAACCCAUUUUAUUACGGAAUGCCAGGCCAUAGCAACACAAUGAUUCACGAGGUGGGUCAUGCCCUGGGCCUGUACCAUGUGUUUAAAGGAGUCAGUGAACGUGAAUCUUGUGAUGACCCUUGCAGUGAAACUGAACCUUCCAUGGUUACCGGAGACCUAUGUGCGGACACAGCGCCAACACCAAAAAACAACUUUUGCCGAGAUCCUGACCCAACAAAUGACACCUGCGGACCAAUGUCUUACACUGGAACUCCUUAUAACAACUAUAUGAGCUACACGGAUGAUGAUUGUGCCAACAGCUUUACUCCAAAUCAGGUAGCCCGCAUGCGCUGUUACCUUGAUCUCAAAUAUCAAGGAUGGACUAGGUUGCCCAAGCCUUCACCUGUUCCUUUGGCCCCAAAAGUAAUUAAACAGGGUCCAGACUUUCUCACCAUUCAGUGGAUGCCUCCUGUAAGUGGAGAACUGUAUGAAAGGGACUCAAGAUCUAUUUGUGAGUUUUGCACAGUCGAUGGAUCUUUCUUACAAUAUGCACAUCAUGCCAUUUCGCCACGUACCUGUGACAUUUCUGGGUACUGGACUCCAGAAGAGGCAGUGGGCCCUCCUGAUGUGGACCAGCCUUGCCAGCCAAGCCUACAGGCAUGGAGUCCCGAAAUUCAUUUGCUUACCAAUAUGUCAGUUCCCUGUACUGAGCCUGAUGGAUGUAUGCUGGAGCUCCAUUUCUUAAAACCUGUUCGACCUCAGGCCCUCACAAUAUGGAUAACGUACCUGUCCCCUAACUUACCUAACCCACUCUCAGACAUUGAAUUGGUAACAGAACAAAAUGAAUCUUUACACCUGGGUACUAUGGAAGCCUUUUGUGAUACUCCAUUGACCAUUAGACUGACCACUGAUCAAAAAGUUUCAAGAGUCCGUGUAUAUACAUUUGAUGCAAGAAUGGACAUAGAUGCAGUCCUCCUUGUGUCCAUGCCUCAUGAUCCUCUUUGCUCAUCCUGCAGACCUGUGAAAUACAAAAUAGUCAGAAACCCUCCUUUCCCAAGAGAGUCCCAAGUUAGACAGAUCCAAACCCAGCUCGCCUUCACAGACAGGGAAGUGAAACUGGGUCAAAAAUAUCAAUACCAGGUUCAUGUGGUCGGCGAGACCUCAACAGGAGAGCCUUCUCCUGCACUGACACACAUACAUGGGGCUCCAUUUUGUGGCGAUGGCGAUGUUAAUGAGGAGCUUGGAGAAGAAUGUGAUGAUGGCGCGCUGCAAAAUGGUGAUGGCUGUUCUCAAAAGUGUCAACUGGAAGAAAAUUAUAUUUGCAGAGGAAAUCCGAGUCUUUGUUAUGUACCCAAUGAAGGUGGCGAGUUUCUUGAUGACGGAAUAGAAAUGUCUGCUGAUUGUGAUGAGGUCACAUCACAGGGAUACAGUGGGCAGUGGGCUUCUCAGGCUGCUGCUUCCCAUGAAGACCUGAAUAAUUGUCCAGUUUCUGCAGUGAUUGGAAAACCCAUCCAAAAGAGUUGCCUGACGUUCGGUGAGAUACCUGGAAAUAAGAGGCUUUCAUGGAAUCCCUGCCAUGUGCUUCCUGGACAGAAUGUAUGGUUGAAGGUUAGCUUCGACAAACCCAGUCUUGCUGAUUCAUUCCUCGUUUACCUGUCUUCUGAUGGCAACCUUCUUAACACUGCCCUGAAGGCCUCAGUCACUGCUCAUAUGACAGAUGUGACAGGACAGAACCAUUCACUUGGAACGCACCAACUUUCGUGUCAGGAUAAUCCUGUGGUUUUGAGAUGUCCUAAAAACCCAAUGUACAGAGUGACGUCGCUUACGUUGAAGUUCUCCUCCCCGCUCAUCGGGGUGUAUGGAGUGGCCCUUAGGUCUCCAGCUAGCCUUAGCGACCCACCUGGGGGGAGCAAUCAGCAACCUAAAAGAAAGGAUUGCAGCUCUUGCCUUGCUCUGCAUGUGCGGCAUGGGACCACCCAAUGUUCCACAGAUCUGGAUGGAGAGACCCUGUGUUCAGUGAUGUGUGAUGAAGGCUAUGUUCUUCAUACAGUCAGUAAGACAGGACAUAAAAUCUUGAAGGAUGCUUCCUUAAAGUGCUUGGCCGGGGACUGGAAUCUAAGUGUGACAUGUGAGUUUUUGGAUUGUGGACCUCCUCCUCCAUCAUUGGUAUUCCAUGCCAGUUUCUUCUGUCCAGAUGGAACAGGCCUAGGAAAUCGCUGCUUCUUCACUUGCCUUCCUCCUGGUAAAUUCCAAGGCGUGAGCCAAUGGGUGACGUGCAUGUGGGACGGCCAUUGGUCUCUUCCCGAGGGCUACUGCAAGAUUGAAUGUGAUGCUCCACCACCCAUAGCCAAUGGUAGACUGCUCACACCACGCUGCCAUCUGGGUAACCAUGAUGUGGGGUCAAUGUGCAGGUACAGAUGUAAGCUGGGCUACCACGUAGCAGAAGUUUCAGAGAGACGGCCUAGGAGGAAGUUCCUGAAAAUUCACUGUCUGCAGACUGGACUCUGGGCAACUGGUCGAUGUAUUCCUGUCAUGUGUGAACAAUUGCCCCUAAUCCUACGGGGAAUGUAUAACUGUACCCGUGGUGUGGAGGUGGACAGCAAGUGUACGUUGUACUGCAGAUCUUACACAGUAUCUACAACUUGCAGUAAAGAUGGCACCUGGACAGAGAAACUGAGCCUCUGCAAAGAUCUAACAGGAACAUGUCCUCCACCCCCAGAAGUUAACGGUAUCCACUACGUGUGUGAUCAUGGACAUACAAUCGGGGCUAACUGCACAGCCUAUUGUAACUAUCCAUCAAAUGACCCGGUAAUUCUACCCAAGAACAUGACUGCAGAUUCUGUAGAACACUGGAUGAAUCCUACCAAGGUGCAGGAUAUCAUGUGCACAGGAAUUCUUCAGUGGUACCCAGAUCCUUAUACUUUGCACUGUAUUCCAUCAUGUGAGCCCUUUCAAGCAGAUGACUGGUGUGACACAAUUAAUAACCGAGCGUAUUGUCAGUAUGACGGAGGGGACUGCUGUGCCUCCACUUUGUCCUCAAACAAGGGUCAAGUCAUUCCUUUUGGGGCUGAGUGCGAAAAGGAUGAGUGUACAUGUCGUGAUCCAGAAGCUGAGGAGAACAGAUUUCAAAGAACUAACUGGCCAGCGCACCCUUCACCAGAGAUUGGAGAGAUGCCUCCAUCGCCGACUUGAGAGACUUCUAUAAAAAGGACAAAUUUCAUGGCUAACAGAUGUGUCAGCUUGAUUCCUAUCAACAAACAGGGUCUUCACUACUAAGAUAUUUUAAGCAGAUCAUGAAUCCAGAUGACCUGGAUAGAAUAUGAAAGAGGAAACAGAAGUUUGGAAACGUGUUCUCAGAAUUAUGGUCAAGAUGUACGCACAGAAACUUUAUGCUAUCCUUACCUCCGUCUGUUAUUUACCAAAUGUAGACUGCUAUUCUGGAGCACUUUUAUUCAUUGCAUUCCAUCAUCUGCCCAUUCAGUAUAGACUGAGUUGUAAUCAAAGGCAGAUAUCAUACCGUACGUGUCUCAGUGUUUUGUCCAGUCAUUUGCAUGACCAUCGUAUGUUGUGUAUAUUGGAUUUGUAAUGGACUAGCAAUUGUCAGUAUCCCUGCAGUCCACAGUAUUUUAUAAGAUUAUAAUAUAUUAAUA